UGGUGCGCUACGGAGCGAUGUUGAACAGACGAUAAACACGGUGAAAUACUUACAUUUCUUAAUAAAUAAUACAUCAGCCUUUAAUGAGUUACUGAGAAACUUUUGAUUUUCGCGGGCGUAUAAUGCAUAAAGCACAGGCAACUUCGCGCGGCGUCAGUGAUGAAGAUGAUCAUGAUGCAGCAGUUGUACAACUGCGCGCGCUCUUGAGGAGAUAUGAGCAUUACUGCGUGCAGACUGACAGCAGUCCCUGUAUUCUGCUGAAACACGACAUCCUCCUCAAAAUUGACCAGCAACAACAUCUAAAAAAGAUCACACUGUCAUUUCCAGAAUACAAGCCAUCAGAUGCCGCUUUGCCAAGCCUCCAGCCUCUGUUAAUGGCUUUACGAGAUGAACGUUACAUACAUGUUGAAGAAUUAAACAUCUGGAGUCUGUCUCUCAAACAAAAAGACAUAGUUGAGCUGUGUCUUAUGUUGGAAAGAGGGGGAAGGACAGUGUAUCCCAUCAGAUCGCUGGAGAUCCUGGAUUGUAAACUCGAUGAUUGGUGUCUGGAAAGAUUAGGAAAGGCUUUGAACAGCAGUUACAUCACCACACUCUGCCUGGACUACACAUGCAUGAGCGAGGAAGGGUUGAAAGGUCUGCUCAGCAGAGGUAUUGGGUCUUGUCAAGUGCAUUCUCUGAGUUUGUGUUAUUGUGGUUUGGGUUUGUGGAGUGGAACUUUGCUGGCUUCACUUCUCACCAAAAGUUCAAUAAGGGAGCUCUACAUUAAUGGCAAUGAGUUGCAGUGUAUGGGUGCCACUGAACUGCUAAGACCUGUAGCUGAAUACUGUCAGAAAAUAGCAGAGACCCCAAACAAGACCACAUCCAUCACAGAUGAAGCUGAAUUGAUCAAUCAAUUAAGCAAUAAGAAGUCUUCCAUCCAAAAGAAAUCAGCACACAAAGGAAAGAAGACAAAAAAGAAAAGAGGAAAAACUAAAAGUCGCCCUGAGGUGAAGGAAGGGCCCUGGCUAAAGAAGCUUCAUAUGUUUGAUAACUCUAUCGACAACCAAGUGCCAACUCAGCUAAAGAGAUUAAUGGAGCUCAUCUGCAUUCUGGUUAAGUUCUCCAGUGACCUGACCGAACUGGACCUCGGUGAGAAUCAUGUCGGAGAGGAUGGUGGGAAAAAGCUUUUAGAGGCCCUGAAAGACAGAAAAGCAGCUAAGCUCUCGCCAAUAAAAAUCCAAGUUUCAACGCGCAUGUCCACGGAAACUUUCAGUGCGAUUUUGAAAAGUUCAAAGGAGCUUAAAUCUAGAAAAAAGAAACGACAGAAGAAGAAGGUACAGUACAGGUUUUUUAUAAUGAAGCACGUUAAUGCAAAAUGUUGUAUAAAAUGGCCCAAAGAGGUAUUUGGACACCUAAUCCACUAAAUUAAAUGCCUGAAGGUCAAUGCAUUAAAUAAAUUAUUCUAGAACUUUUUUUAUAUUUAACCAGCUGGCCCCAGGGUGAUUUUUGGUGAACGUAUCCUCAAGUUCAUACAGGUGUUAGUAGAGUAAAUACCAUUUACUGUGGUCAUUGUCCACUCAUGUUUUACAACCAGAAAAUGAACAAAUGCUUUUAGUCUCAUUUGAAAAGUGCCAAUGUAAUCUUUCUUUAAUUUAAAGCCACUUGUGUUAAAAUUUUAUACGCACAUUUUUGUUAUUGUGGCUUUCUGUAGGCUUUAAUUGUGGCUUCGUCAAUAUGGGUGUCACUGUAUUUAAUUUUUGUAAAAGCUGUAAGAACUGAAUUUCUGUCUGCUAUCAUAAUACUCAUUAUUUUCCUGUUUUAUAAUUUCUUUAAGGGAAAAAUAAAAUAGCGCUGGAUCUCUCCCGGGGUCUUGACAUGGACGGCUGCUCUAAUGGACUAUAAACAAAUGUUAUAUGUUAGCAUUUGUGAAAUCUUUUUCACCAUGUUCUCAAUUUGUUAACUUCAGAAUCUUCUUUAUUAUGGACUGAAUUAUGUUUGAUGAUCAGAGAGUGAAGAUCAAAUGAAAGCUAACCACAGAGUUCCAGAUGAUAAAACAUUCAUUUCUCAUUGGUUCAUCACUGAAGGAUCCUGGAUCACAUGUUCUGUUUCUUCAAUGAGAACUCGUGUUUGCAUGAAGAUGUUUGUUCUUCGUCGCUUUUUGUCUCUUGACAAUUUAUUGUGAAAGUUCAUAAAAAUUAAACAUAUUAUUAUUAUUAU